AUGUCGCCCACAACCAAGCAGCUCAAAAAGGCUGCGCGCAUCAUCCUCGUUGGCGCGCCGGGGGUAGGGAAGGGAACGCAAUCAGAGCGACUGCUGGCCCGAUUUCCCCAGCUGGCCUCAAUCAGCUCCGGGGACCUCUUGCGCGAGAAUGUGCGCCGGAGGACACCGAUUGGUGUUCAAGCCGAGGCCGUAAUGCAGUCCGGUAACCUCGUCCCGGACUCAACAAUUCUCAGCCUUAUCUCCUCUGAACUGGAAUCCAAGGGCUGGCUCCCUCCCUCCCCUCCAAGCCUCUCCCCCACACUAUCACCUUCCGCCUCAUUCAUCCUCGACGGCUUCCCCCGCACCGCCGUUCAAGCAAAGAGCCUGGACAGUCUUGUCCCGGUGAACUUCGUCGUGAACCUCAUCACACCACCUUCAGUCAUUCUCGCUCGUAUUGGAUCCCGCUGGGUGCACGAGCCAUCAGGUCGGGUCUAUAACACGGAUUUCCAUGUGCCCAAGGUCCCCGGAAAGGACGAUGUCACGGGUGAGCCCUUGACACAGAGAGUAGACGACUCAAUAGAUACCUGGAGGCAGCGGCUGCAGAAGUUUGAGGAGACUAGCAAGGCCCUUCUGGAGCAUUACGACCGCCGCGGCUGUCUCUGGCGGGUGGAAGGCAACUCGAGCGAUGAGAUUUCUCCCCAAUUGUUCGCGGAGAUUGAGCGAAGGUUCUGCUGA